CCCGAUGGCGGCGGCGGCGGAGGCGGCCGCGCCGGCCCCGGCGGCCGCGUCGUUCCUGGCCCUGGAGCCGCGGCUGCAGCGGGAGCUCCAGCAGAAGGUGCAGCGGGUCCGCAGCGACCGGGCGGGCAAGGAGGCGCUGAGGCCGGGCGUGCUGUACGUGGGGCACCUGCCGCGGGGCCUCUGCGAGCCGCAGAUCCGCCAGUACUUCGAGCAGUUCGGGACGGUGACGCGGCUGCGGCUCUCCAGGAGCAAGAAGACUGGAGCUAGCAAGGGCUAUGGGUUCAUAGAGUUUGAGUCUGAUGAUGUGGCCAAGAUCGUUGCAGACACAAUGAACAACUACCUGUUUUCUGAAAGGCUGCUGAAGUGUCAGUUCCUACCUCCUGAAAGGGUCCAUGAAAAUCUCUUCAAAAGCAGUAACAAGAUAUUCCUGAAGCCCUCCCAGCCGGCGGUCAGGCGGUACAACCGGGUGCGCUCCCUGCUGCAGAAGGCAAAGAUGACCAAGCGGCUGCUGCGGAAGGAGAAGCUGCUCCGCAAGAGGCUGGCUGAAAAGGGGCUGGAUUAUGACUUCCCAGGAUUUGCUGCACAGGAGCUUGCCAUAAAGAGAAAAAAAAUUGCAACAUCCAAGAAGUCAAAACCGGACAUUUCUUUGAGCAGCCAGGAUCCUACUCCAGUCUGUACUCCAACAGUGCUCGAACGCCGGAAAGCUGCCCAGUUGGAUGAUGAUGCAGAGGACAAAGAAAUAACUCUCAGACUGCCCCCUGCAAGUGUUAAGAAAGCUGUGGAGAGACCAAAGAAGUAGCCAAGAAAAAGACAACCCUGGAAGAAACAGAAAUAGACUUAAAAUCAUGGUGGCUAUUAGCCAUGUUUUUUCUGAACUCAAAACCUGGUGAAGUGGAGCUUCUAGUGGUUCUGCUGCCCUGGCUCUGUUCAUCUUGGCUAGACUGUUUCAGUCUUAUCUAGCCAAGGAAUCUGUUCACAAAUCCUGCCCCUCCUGUUUAGCCAUGUGGGGACCUACAGUUUUCUUUACCUUUGAAGAUAUUCUUGACUUUGUCCUCACAAGUGCCUGUGCUGUGACACACCUAUAGUUGUGCCAGAACCUUCAAUUAAUUCUGUGUCUUGUCUCUGGCGCUCACUGUUCGGAAAGAAGAUGUGAGGUUGACAGUUCAGAACUUGCUGAUGUGGGCAGUAUCUUACCUUUAUAAUUAAUGGUGGGCUAUAAAAAAACCCAAACAUUUUUUCAACUGAGCAGACUCUUGUUAGUGGUCCUUCUGUUUAACUGAACGUCUGUAUUGCAUACGAGUUCUGACACAUUUACACAAAUAAACCCAUACCUUGAAUUUCA